AUGAGUGAAAAAGAACUUAAGUUGGGCAGUGGAAACAGUGCAGCAUCUCUUUUCAGUAUGUUACCAGCUGAUGGAGCAAAAACUGGAACUACUUAUAAACCUAAGUACAAAUCUUCUUUACUUGCUGGUGGUAUUGCAGCGGGUUAUACAAUGGAAGGCAUUAGAGCUGAGUUUGAAGUGUUUUAUUCUAACUUAGGCGUUGAUGGUUCAGAUUAUAAGGCGUCAGCAGGUGGAGCAGAUGCACCUGACAAUGCAAAGAAAUUUGGUAAGAAAACUGGCUUAACAGAAGCUGAUACUGCUAAUGCAACUGGAAUAAAUGAUGGGUUUAAGAGUAUUGUGGCAAUGGUUAAUGCAUACUACGAUGUAGAUCUUAGCGAAAUACCUGUUACUCCUUAUGUUGGUGCUGGCGUUGGUGUUUCACGCACUACAUUUGUUGGUAACAGUCAUUAUAAAUUAGCUUACCAAGCAAAAGCUGGUGUUAGUUAUGCUGUAACUCCAGAAAUCAAGGUAUACGGUGGUUAUCGUUAUUUUGGUAUGUAUGGUGCCGAAUUUAAAGAUUCUGUGAUGAAACAUACUACAGCAGCUACUCCUCCUGUGGUUACAGAGGAAAAGGUAGUUCUACAACAAGACGGCCUUUACGGUACACUUGGUGUGCAUGGUAUUGAAGCUGGAGUGAUGUUUCACUUCUAA